UGUAUUGCUGGUCGUUGUAUAUAAUCUGCUUCCUGUCAAUACAUUGAUUCAUUUCCUGCUGCUCUGUCCUAGGUUUGAGACACUUGAUGCAAAUGGAGUUCUACAGUUAGACCCAGCUGUUCCUGGUGUCUUCAACGGGCCGUAUCCACUCGGAAUUGACCCGAUCUGGAAUGUUGCCACCAACAAGCUGACCUUCCUCAACUCAUUCAAGAUGAAGAUGUCUGUGAUCCUGGGUGUCAUUCACAUGCUGUUUGGAGUGUCUCUCAGUCUCUUCAACCACCUGUACUUCAAGAAGCCGCUGAACAUCUUCCUGGGCUUCAUCCCCGAGAUCGUCUUCAUGGCGAGCCUGUUUGGCUACCUCGCCCUGCUGGUCUUCUACAAGUGGACGGCCUAUGACGCCUUCACCUCCAAGGACGCGCCCAGCCUGCUCAUCCACUUCAUCAACAUGUGUCUCUUCAACUACAGCGACCCCACCAGCAAGCCCCUCUACAGGGGACAGAUGGGGAUCCAGAUUUUGUUGGUGCUGAUUGCCCUUGCAUGUGUUCCCUGUAUGCUGAUUGUGAAAACUAUGGUGCUUCGGCGUCAGCACCUGUGGAAAAUGCACCUGUCCCAGAAGAGGGAAGAAACCCCUGCAGAGAAUCUAGAGCAGUCUUUAGAGCAAACAGGCGUGUCCUCAUCAUGCACCGGACUCACCCAACAGGGUACGCAGAAGUUCGGAGGGGUGCGGGUGGGCAACGGGCCCACGGAGGAUGAGACUGGCAUCGUGGACCAUGACCACCUCUCCCAGCACUCAGAGGAAGGAGAAGAGCACGCAGAGGAAGAGCCGUUUGACUUUGGUGACGUAGCUGUCCACCAGGCCAUCCACACCAUAGAGUACUGUCUGGGAUGCAUCUCCAACACAGCCUCCUACCUGCGUCUCUGGGCCCUCAGCCUGGCUCAUGCACGUGAGUAAAAGCCUGCAUACACAAACACACACAAGCAUGCGCAGUUUUAUGAUGCACAUUCUGUCAAAUAAUAUGUAAAGAGGUUGCAAUUUAUAUUUCGGAAUAAUAUCAACAUGUAUAUUUCGAUGAGAACCUUGCUGUUGCCAUAACUGUGUGUGUGUGUGUGUGUGUGUGU